GCCUUAUAUCAAAUCAUAAUAAGAUUCAGUUUUUAUACGUCAUCAGAGAAGCCUGCAAACCUAAAGCUCUACUGGUAUGGAGUCUUGUUUGAUUCCUUCUGUAUGAUAUUUGUUUUUAGGUGACAUUACCUUUGUUUAUUCUGCAGGCUUCCUAGUCGGGUAGCUGAAAGCUGCUGUUGCUUUUACUUGCAAAGGUUUUCUUUGGAAAACACAGGGCUUCCACUCAAGGUGUAUGGUUGAUCAUUCCUCAGUGCAAAGUCGGAAGGGCACUGGAAAACUCUCGAAUGUGUUGGUGGAAUUUCUUACCCACGCUUCGUUGCAAAUUGAGGAAAAGAACAUUUUCAAGCUUAGCAAGACUGUUGAACAGGCAUCACAUUUAACGUAAAAUCCCUGGUACACCAUGGUGGCGAUUACAACACAUCUAGCACUGUUUAGCUUCUCAUUAGGUGUGUGUUUAUCUACUCAAAUCAUAGCAGGUCCAAAAAAUGUCUAUGCUUUGCUUCAUGCUGAUGCUGCGUUCAACUGCACAGUUUCAGAACCGUGGAGUGUUAUCAUCUGGUUAAUGGGCUCGAUACCCAUCCUUACUGUUGUAAAAGAAGGACCAAUUAUAACAGAUCCUCAAUUUGGGCAACGGAAUUAUUCAACUAACACUGCUUUUACUUCAGAACUUAUCAUCUCAUCAGUGAGCAUGGAAGAAAACAUGACCGUGAGCUGCAGCAUCCAAACUGACGGACAAAAAGAGGCAUUUUUGUUUGUACAGGUUGAUGGAACAGUAUAUUUUGAGAAGCUGAUUUCAUCUGUUGUGGUAAACCAUGCCUCGGAUAUCGUCUGUAAGGCAGAGGGCUGGAAUCCUGCACCGAUCAUUGAGUGGAAAAAUAAUGGAACAGUGGUUGAUUCGCAAAUGUACAGCACCACCAUCCAACAGUCUUCAAAAAAUCUCUACAAUGCCAUCAGCAUUUUAAAUCUCACCCUUAGCGCUAAUGCCAAGAUCAUCUGUCAGGCUGACAUCAAAGCUCUUCCUCAGCCUAAAUCUGCUGAACUAUCCAUCACUGUGAAACCAGCUUUGACUUCUACAGCUGGCACGGAUCAGACCUGGCUAAUUGUUGCCAUUGUGGUGCCAAUCGUUGUGGCCAUCCUGCUGAUCAUACUCAUCAUUGUGAUUAUUUUCUGCAUAAAACGAAGAAAGCAAGAUGAAACAAGCUACCAGAGUGAGUUAAGGAAAAUAUCAAUGAAGAAACCCCUCGAGGUGACUGCAGAUGGAGUGGAAAACAUGGGAAUGUCAAGUGAAAGUGUAAAUGAUUUGCAGUAUCCUUCAGGUUUGGCUUCACCCUACUGGAUUGAUACAUGUUCUGGAGAAAAGAGCAACAAUAUCUUGGAGCUUAUACCUCUGGAUAGUACUGCAAUAACCACUGUGCUACAGGACCCAGUGAGUAUUGGACUAUUCCUUCUGCACCAAAGAGUGAAAGUCUUAACACAUAGAUUGAUUAAAUAUCCUCACAAACAACAGAGACAAAAGCAAAGAGACAAGAACAGCAUAGUGAGUAGGUUAUAACAAAGAGAACUGAAUUAGAGAUGGGAAUUUGAAUGCAACUAUGGCUGGCAGAGAACUUCAAUCCAAAUAACCAAAUUAAGUUGAUACAGAAGGAAAGGAAACCAUGAAUAUCAACUUCUGGUAGUUUUUCCCAUUCCAGCUUCCCACUUCUCUUCAUCUGCUCAUCAUGUCUUUCUGGUGCCCCUGCUCUUUCCCUUUCUCCCACCGUCCACUCACGUCUCCAAACAGAUUACAACCUCUUCCACGUAUUGACUGUCAACUUCUCCCUUCAUUCCCCCUCUGCUUUCACCUGUUGGCUUGUAUUCCUUCCCCUCCCAUUACCUUCUUGUUCAGGCUUCUUCCCCCUUCCUUUCCAGAGCUGAAGAAGGGUCUCAGACCCAAAUGUUGACUUUUCAUUCCUUUCCCUAGAUGCUUCCUGGCCUGCUGAUUUCCUCCAUCAUUUUUGUGUUUUCUGCUCUGGAUUUCCACCAUCUUCAGAAUCUCUUGUCUUUAUGAAGUUCAUGGUCUGUUGGAGGACUAUGCAUUUCAGGGAAAGAGAAUAUCUUUUCUAGUAUAGGAUUUGCAUGACUCCAUCCACAAAUGUGAUUAACAUUUAACUCCCUCCUCAGGUUAGGAACUAUUAGGGAUGGAUGAGAAGUGACAGCUUUGCCAUAGUAGUUGCACUUUACAAAGGACAAAAGCCGCAGGAUCACAGGGAUGGAGUAACUGACCUGCAAGAUUUUCACAAUAAUGGUACAUUGUUAUAUCUUCUCUGAGGAUCAUCACCUUGUCAUGGUGGAGAGAUUUGUGAGUUCCUGACAUCCUGAGAGUGAUGCUGUCUCCAGAUAGGGUCACCCAUGGUAGUAAGGUCAAGGGGAAUGUUCAAGACGAAGAGCUGUCUGACCAAGACCUCAAUGGUGAAGCUGGCAAAAGAUGCUGACACAUCACAAUGGCACUGAAGUUGGAGGAUGUCUGCAGCAUUUAAGGAUCCCCAGGCACCUUGCAUUUCAUGCCACUGGAGCCUGACCUCGAUCUUGUCAUGGACCAUGUGGUGGCCUCUCAUGCAUCAGCCUCCUGCGUUAAACAAAGUCAAGCACAGGCGUUCUACAUUAAGGGAAUCCACCUAACAUUCCGGGUUCCAGUACGAGCUGAAAGUCAUCCAGCUGCAGCUCCAGUUCCUGAACACAGUGUCUAAAGAGCUGAAGCUCCAUACACUUUGUGCUGAUGUAGUUAUCGGGGAAAGUGGAGGUCCCUGAGAGUUCCCAUAUCUCACACAAAAAGCAUACCACUAAUCCUGGGCCCAUUGUCAUUGCAUUAGAUAUGUACUAAUAGACAACCAAAGAGGAAAAAAACCUUACUAGAAACUUACUUAGUACCUGUGCCUAUGCUUGUGCAAGUCUGUUCAUGCCCAAACCUGUUCAGUCAAUUCCUGAGCACUCUAACACUACACCACCAACAAUGGCUGCUCUGCUUACACCUCGCUUCUUUUUAUUGGCCUUUACUGAUGCCAAAUCCAUUGCAGGCUGCUGAAAACGAGAAUUAGCAAGGAAACUUGACACCAGGAGGAUAGUAAGCUAAAGAGUAAAUGCUUAAUCAGAGAUAGCAUUUAACAAAACUAUUAAGAAGCAGAGAUAGAGAAUUGGAGGGGGUAGGAAAAGAAAUCUCAUACUUAAGGAGGCAGCGAGGAUUAGGAAGAGAAUUCCAUAGCUUGAGCCUGGAUAACUGAGGCAUCAGUCACCAAUGAAAUCCAAAAAUGAAGGAACACAGAGGCCUUUGAGGGUUUUGAGGCUGGAAGAAUUUAUAGAGGAAUGAAUAAUCAAAUCAUGGUGCCAUUUGUGUACAACACACGUGUGCAGGUCAAAUUAUCGAUAAAUAAAGGAAGUUCAACCCAGUAUUGUAUUAACAUGGAAGCACAGUACAGCCCUUUGGCCUUACUCUGAGAUCAAUCCAACCCUUCCCUCCUACACACCCUCCAUUUUUCAAUCACCCAUGUGUUUAUCUAAGUUUCUUAAUUGCUCUUACUAUAUCUGCCUCUGCCAUCACCUCUGGCAGCAUGUUCCACACAUCUACCAUUCCGUGUAAAACAAAACUUACCUAAUAUCCUGUGUAAACUUUCCUCCAAUCACCUUAAAAUUAUGCCCCUUGUAUUAUCCAUUUCCACCCUGGGAAAAAAUCUCUGGCUGUUCACUUGAUCUAUUCCUCUUAUCAUCUCGAACACCAUUUUUUUGUUGGCCAGUUAUUUUUUAUUUGAAGAUACAGCACAGUAAAAGGCCCUUCUGGCCCAAUGAGCCUGUGCCACCCUGUAUAUCCAUGUGACUGACUGACCUAUUAAUCUGUAGAUCUUCAGAAUGUGGGAGGGAACUGGAGCGGUCGGAGGAAACCUACAGGGAGAACAUACAACUCCUUACAGACAGCAGCUUAAUUCAGCACAGGUCUCUGUACUGUAAUAGGAUUCUGCUAACUGCUAACUGCUGUUUAGAUUCCUAUCCUCAGAUAAACUAACACACCUUUUAAUAUUUGGCAUCAUGCAUUUGAGUAAAGUGCUAAGAGUUACCCUGACUGCCAGCAAACAGUAUUUCCAUUCCAACCACAAAAAAAUUAAAUUAUAACUUAAUAAGCAGCAGUUCUUUUAAUUAUUACUGUAGGCCGAUGGGCCUUGAAACACUUUGGAAAAUGAAUUGCACUUUGCAAUUGCAAUGAUAAUUAUGUGGGAAACGUGGGCACCGUUCCCACUAAAAGCAAAUGAGAUGAGCAGGCCAAUAUCUGUUUUUUGGUAGCAUUAACAGGAGGAGGAAUUUGGGCUGAGAUACUGCAGGAAAUCCUUGCACUUCUUUGAGCAGCAUAUUCAGAGAAGAUGCACCAAAGCAAAUAGUCUUCAUGUUCCAUUUUAAAUGAAGGACUUGGCCACGGAUUGUACUUUCUCCCAGUUAGUUCACUGACCAGCAAAUCAGGAUGUGUAGAGCUGAAUACUUGGGUUUUUAUAUCAGCAAUUGCUCUCUCCUGUGCCUCGUGCUUGCGAAUUUCUCCCUCACGUCUUUAAGAAACUGAGUGAGUCAGUAAAUAUUUGGAAUAUGAAAACAGGAAGUGCUGGGAAACCUCAGCAGGUCACAGAGCAUUGGUGGGAAAAUAAAUAAUGUUUCCUAAGUAAGAAAUGAAAUUAAGGCGCAGGGAGGGUAGGGUAGAGGUGGACAGGACAACGUGAAUAUAUUUAGGGUGAGGUUGGGUUGUCAUGUAUGCUGUGCAUAUGGAUCAAUCCAUUACACACUGCAUUGAAAUAGAACAAAGAGAAUCUGUACGGCAGGUAAACGAUGAAUUUCAAGAUCAAAAUGAAAUUGAUUGUAAGGCCAGGAGCCCAUCUUAUCACACCAGGAAGCAUUUACUAGCCUUAUUACAGUGGAGUAGAAGUUGACUUUGAACCUGGUGGGGGUUGCUUUCAGGAUUUUGAAUCUUCUUCCUGAUGGGAGAGUGGAGAAGAGAGAAUGUCCAGGGUGAGCGAGGUCUUUGAUUAUGCUCCCUUCUUUACUGAGGGAACAAGUGUAGACAGAGACCAUGGAGAGGACACUGUUUUCUAUGGGCAGGUAGAGGUAGCAUGAACACAAAACCCAAAAUCCAUCUAUUUAUCUAUUUACUUAUUGUGUUUGCACGGUUUAUCUUUUGCACUUUGGUCAUUUGUCUGUCUUGUUUAUGUGUAGUAUUUUCCAUUGGUUCUGUUGUAUUUCUUUGUUCUACUGUGAAUGCCUGCAAGAAAAUGAAUCUCAGGGUAAUAUGUGGUGAUAUAUUCACACUUUGCUAAUAAAUGCACUUUGAACUUUGAACUGCUUCUGUUCAUAUGAGGUUCCUGGUGGACCAACUUCUGCUGUCAUCACCAGCACAUGACAUAAGGCAGUCUCUAUGAUAAUGGGGCAUUGAUGAAUGUUGAUGAGCUAAAGGUAAUUGUUUAUGUUCUCAUCCUCCUUUUUGCUCCAAUGGAACAGAAAGUUUCCCAUAGACAUUCCUCCACAGGCAAUGAAUUUAUGAAAAUUAUUGAGUUGCCUUCUCGCCAUCUGAAACGCUAGGUUAUAAUCCAGCAAUCAUAUGCAGAGAUACGGCCAGGAGAUAGAUCUUCAGUGCUAAUCAUCAAUCAUCCGUUUAGACCAAACCUACAUUAACUCAUUUUCUUAAAUUCUUCCUACAUUGUCAUCAACUCUCCCAGAUUUUUCCACUCACCGUUAAGCCAGGGGAAAUUUACAGUGAUCAAUAAUCUAGUAGCCUGCACACCUUUGAGAUGUGGGAUAAAACUGAAAUAUCAUGAGGAAACAUACAGAGUCACAGGUAGCAUCGAAAGUCAGGCUUUCAGGCACCACGAGGAAUCAGUUGCAUUAGCUAGGGUGUUGUAUCGCUGUGGGUGUAAUCCUGUGUAUUUAAUAAGAAGAGGACAAUCAACCUGGGGGUGCCAGUUUGGUUGUAGGUCAAGCAGCAAAUCUUUCCCCCACUGGUGCCAAAAGCUGGGGCUUUUGUGCGGAGCUGUGACCUUUGCUGUCAACUCAUAAAAAAGGCAAAAGCACAUUGCUCAAGGUACAGGACCCAGUUAGCAAUGAAAGAAUUGGCAGUGUGUCAUUGGUCACCUCUUAAUCACCACUGUCACAUUUACUUAUUCAUUGUUUAGAGAUACAGCAUGGUAACAGAACCUUCCACUCCAUUAAGUCCAUGGUGCCAAGUUACACCCCUGUGACCAAUUAACAUACUAACCUGUACAUCUUUGGAAUGUGGGAGGAAACUGGAGCACUCAGAGGAAAUCCACAUGGUCACAGGGAGAACAUACGGACCUUACAGUCAGAAAAAGAAAUUGAACUAGGGUCACCGGUUCUGUAAAAAAGCUAGGUAAUGAUAGAGAGCUCAAAGAUUAUAAAGCUAGCAGGAAGAAGCUUAAGAAAGAAAUUAGGAGAGCCAGAAAGGGCCAUGAGAAGGCCUUGGCAAGCAGGAUUAAGGAAAACCCCAAGGCAUUCUACAAGUUUGUGAUGAGCAAGAGGAUAAGACGUGAGAGAAUAGGACCUAUCAAAUGUGACAGUGGAAAAGUGUGUAUGGAACCGGAGGAGAUAGCAGAUGUACUUAAUGAGUACUUUGCUUCAGUAAUCACUACAGAAAAGGAUCUUGGUGAUUGUAGGGAUGACUAACAGCAGACUGAAAACCUUGAGCAUGUAGUUAUUAAGAAAGAAGAUGUGCAGGAGCUUUUGGAAAGCACCAAGUUGGAUAAGUCACAGGGACCGGACGAGAUGUAACACAGGCUACUGUGGGAGGUGAGGGAGGAGAUUGCUGAGCCUCUGGCAAUGAUUUUGCAUCAUCAAUAGGGACAGGAGAGGUUCGGAGGAUUGGAGGGUUGCGGAUGUUGUUCCUUUAUUCAAAAAAGGGAGUAGAGAUAGCCCAGGAAAUUGUAGACCAGUGAGUCUUACUUCAGUGGUUGGUAAGUUGAUGGAGAAUAUACUAAGAGGCAGGAUUUAAGAACAUUUGGAGAGGCAUAAUAUGAUUAGGAAUAGUCAGCAUGGCUUUGUCAAGGGCAGGUCGUGCCUUACGAGCCUGAUUGAAUUUUUUGAGGAUGUGACUAAACACAUUGAUGCAGGAAGAGCAGUAGAUAUAGUGUAUAUAGAUUUCAGAAAGGCAUUUGACAAGGUACCCCAUGCAAGGCUUAUUGAUAAAGUAAGGAGACAUGGAAUCCAAGGGGAAAUUGCUUUGUCGAUCUAGAACUGGCUUGCCCACAGAACGCAAAGAGUAGUUGUAGACGGGUCAUAUUCUGCAUGGAGGUCGGUCACCAGUGGAGUGCCUCAGGGAUCAGUUCUGGAUUCCCUAAUUGUUGUGAUUUUUAUAAAUGACCUGGAUGAGGAAGUGGAGGGAUGGGUUAGAAAGUUUGCUGAUGACACAAAGGUUGGAGGUGUUGUGGAUAGUGUGGAGGUCUGUCAGAGGUUGUGGGACAUUGAUAGGAUGCAAAACUGGGCUGAGAAGUGGCAGAUGGAGUUCAACCCAGAUAAGUGUGAGGUGGUUCAUAUUGGUAGGUCAAAUAUGAUGGCAGAAUAUAGCAUUAAUGUUAAGUCUCUUGGCAGUGUGAACCAAAGGGAUCUUGGGGUCCGAGUCCAUAGGACACUUGAAGCUGCUGCGCAGGUUGACUCUGGUUAAGAAAGCAUGCAGUGCAUUAGCCUUCAUCAAUCAUGAGUCUAGGUUUAGGAGCUGAGAGGUAAUGUUUCAGCUAUAUAGGACCCUGGUCAGAUCCCAAUUGGAAUACUGUGCUCAGUUUUGGUCACUUCACUACAGGAAGGAUGUGGAAACUAUAGAAAAGGUACAGAAGAGAUUUACAAAGAUGUUGCCUGGAUUGGGGACUGUGGUGGAGGCGGAUAUGAUAGGAUCUUUUUAGAGAUUCCUGGACAGGUACAUGGAGCACAGAAAAUUAGUGGGCUAUGGGUAACCUUAGGUAAUUUCUCAGCUAAGGGCAUGUUCGGCACAGCUUAGUGAGCUGUAUUGCGCUGAAGGUUUUCUAUGUAUCUCCGUUUCCAUGUUAAUAGUGUUACUCUAACCACUACCUCCUGUGCUAACCCUGUUAAAAGAUUCUCUGGAAUUCCCUUUCCUGAUCCCAGUCUUUUCCCUGAACUGUGAGAAGAGAUCAUUAGUCAGCCAUUCAGCCCUAGGCUUGCAGCAAGCUCAUCUCAGGGGUUGAUAAGAUCAGGCCAUCCCAUUGGCUGGGAAGGCAGGAGUGGACACAAGGCGCACUGGAGAGUGCCACCCCCCUUUCUUCAUAUUUUCUGUCUUCUCCUUGUUAGCUUUUAUUACCACUGCUCUGUGGAGAGAAUUCUUCAAGUUCUGAGCCUUUUUCCUUUGGUCAGCGCAGCUGUUAGUUCAGUAAGCCCCAAAGGUUCCCUUCACACAGAUUUACACUCUGUGACUACUUUACUAGAUUCCUUCUGUACGUGGUCUUCUGUUUCUGUUGGUCGUCCUCUUCAAGGUUCGACAUGCUAUGCUUUCAGGGAAGGUUGAGAGAAUUGGGAAGCUUUUAAAAACUUACAGACAGCAACUAAAAUAAACAUUAGGGGGGAGAAGAUGAAAUAUGAAAGCAAGCUAGCAAACAAUAUCAAUGUGAAUAGUAAAAGCUUUUUUAAAUAGGUAGAAAAUAAAAGAGAGGUGGGAGUGGACAUAGGACCGCUGUAAAAUGAGUUUGGAGAAAUAAUAAUGGGGGACAAGAAGAUGGCUGAUGAAUUAAAUGAGUAUUUUGCAUCAGUCUUCACUGUGGAAGACAUUAGCAGUGUGCCAGAUGUUGAAGGGAGCGAGGGAAGUGGGUGCAGUUAUUAUUACAAGGGAGAAGGUGCUCAAAAAGCUGUAAGACCUAAGGGUACAUAAAUCACCUGGACCAGAUGAAUUGCACCCUAGGGUUCUGAAAGCGGUAGUGGUAGAGACUGUGGUGGCAUUAGUAAUGAUCUUUCAAAAAUCUUUGGACUCUGGCAUGGUAUCAGAGGACUGAAAAAUUGCAGAAGUCUCUCCAUCCCUUUAGAAAGGAGGAAGGCAGCAGAAAAAAAUACAUUAUAGACCAGUUAGCCUGACCUCAGUGGUUGGGAAGACGUUGGAAUCAAUUUUUAAGGAUGUUAUAGAGAAUUUGGUGACAUAGGACAAAAUAGGACAAAGUCAGUAUAGUUUCCUUAAGGGAAAAUUUUGCCUGACAGACCUGUUGGAAUGCUUUGAGGACAUUACAAGUAGGAUAGAUAAAAGGGAUGCAGUCAAUGUUGUAUAUUUGAACUUACAGAAGGCCUUUGACAAGUUGCCACACAUGAGUCUGCUUACCAAGUUAAGAGCACAUGUUAUUACAGGAAAGUAACUGGCAUAGUUAGAGCAUUUGCUGAUUGGUAGGAGGCAGUGAGUGGGAAUAAAAGGUUCCUUUUCUGGUUGGCUGCCAGUGUCUAGUGGUGUUCCGAAGGGAUCAGUGUUGGGACUGCUUCUUUUUAUGCUGUGUGUAAAUGAUUUAGAUGAUGGAAUAAAUGGCUUUGUUGCCAAGUUUGCAGAUGAUCCCAAGAUUGGUGGAGGGUCAGGUGGUGCUGAAGAACCUUGGACAGAUUAGGAGAAUGGACAAGGAAGUGGCAAAUAAAAUACAAUGUUGGAAAAUGCAUGGCCAUGCUCUUUGGUAGAAGAAAUAAAUGUGCGGACCAUCUUCUAAACAGGGAGAACAAUCCAAAAAUUUGAGAUGCAAAGGGGACUUGGGAGUCCUUGUGCAGAACAUCCUAAAGGUUAACUUGCAGGUUGAGUCGGUGGUGAGGAAGGCAAAUGCAAUGUUAGCAUUCACUUCAAAUGGUCUAGAAUACAAGAGCAGGGAUGUGAUGUUUGAGGCUUUAUGAGGCACUGGCGAGUAUUAUGAACAGUUUUCGGCUCCUCGUCUAAGAAAAUAUGUCGCUGGCAUUGGAGAGGGUAAAGAGGAGCUUCGCAAGGAUGAUUCUGGGAAUGAAAGAGUUAUCAUACAAGGAGCUCUGGGUCUAUACUUGCUGGAUUAGAAAGAUGAGGGGGUAUCCCAUUGAAACCUUUGAAAUGUUGAAAGGCCUUGACAAAGCAGAUGUGGAAAGGAUAUUUCCCAUGGUGGAGAGACUAGGACAAGAGGGCACAGCCUUAGGAUAGAGGAGUUUCCAUUUAAAACAGAGAUCUGGAGCAAUUUCUUUAGCCCAGAGGGUGGUGAAUUGUGUAAUUUAUUACCACAGGCAACUGUGGAGGCCAGGUUGUUGGGUGUAUUUAAGGCAGAGAUUGAUAGGUUCUUGAUUGGACACAGCAUCAAAGGUUACGGGGAGAAUGCCGGGUAGUGGGGCUGAGGAGGGGAAAAAAGGAUCAGCCAUGAUUGAAUGGCAGAGACUUGAUGGGCCAAAUGGCCGAACUCUGCUCCUAUGACUUAUGUCUUCUAGUCUAAAAUCUGCUUCAUCACCUACAACUGGAACUGCCGGAAGAAUUCCAUCAUUAACUAUAUUUUUGGCCGGGGAUAAUGACAGCCUGACAUGCAGCAACAGUUUAUUCUGUUGUCAGGAUGGGCUUGAUCAUACUUGCCCCUAUAUAUUAAAUGAAGGGCAUUUUUGUGUAUUUGUUUUACUGUUAAGAGCAGGAUUAAGCUCCUUCACAUGGGUUCACAUUGAUCUUCCUUUAGUUUACAAUGGGUUUUGUUAUGUGUGCAAGGAACAAGAACGAUAGUGGAGCAGUAAGAUUCAGCGUUUUUACCAUGUUAGUAACAGUACACACUGGGCAACAUACAGCGAGGGAGCAACGAACCUGAAUAGCUGAGAUGAAAAUACGCUCUCGAAAGCCCACGCCAAAAGUGAGGGUCUCCUUUGUGUAGGAGGCUCAAUUGAUUCACCAUACAAUUAAUCAGCUGCAUGCAAACUUGCUACGGUUCAGUUUUGCACCUGAAUUUCAGCAGAGUAUUUGGAUUACAGUACAAGCAAAAUGCUGAAACCCUGCUUUGGAAAGUGAUUCACAAAAUUUACAUUAUAUUUCAAUGUAUCUCAAAUGGCAGUGAGUUCUGAUGAAUGCUGAUGUGCAAAUUUGUUUGUGUGAGUUGUGGAGCAUCUUUCUUGGUACUACAAUUAAUGAGAUGAGCUAGUAGAUUGUAAACCUUCUCCGUGACAUGCUGUACACCAUAGAUACUAGCUCUUGACAUGGCAAUCUGAAUUAGCUUUGAUUCUGCUUGUAAUCUUUGCAAAAACAGCAGCCUGAUUUAGCCUGGCUCUGCUGAUGUCUUCAUUGGCAAGGGGGGAUUUGUUGCUACAUUUCCAGCUAUUGGGUAGAAAUUAAUCUACACCUCUGAAACAAACUGCAUUGUGUUGCUGAAAAUCACAUUAGCCUGGGUUAGAGCGAUUUUUCUCACACUUCUGGUGCCCCAGUGCUUGUCACCAAGCUCUUCUUCUUUCUUUUGCUCAUUUG